AUGUCUGAGCAACUUCUCAAUGCCUAUGGAAAGGGUGCUACACUUCUUUUCCAAAUGGGAUAUGUCCCUGGGAAGGGACUUGGAGAAAAUGGGAGAGGAAUUGUAGAACCGAUCUUACCAACAGUAAGGAAACGUGGUGAGGGUAUCAAAGUUGAUGAUUCCAAUCGAAAUAAGAUGGAAACGAGGUAUGUGGAUGAAUGGAGUGAUGCUGAUAAAACCAGCGAUUCUGACGAUAACGACGAUGAUGAUAACGCCAAAGGGAAGGAGUUGGGGUUUUUGAAGAGUGGUGUUUAUAAGUCCGAAUAUGACAUUCCUGAUUUAUGGACGAUUUUCAGAAGACUCGAAAUUUUGGUGGAUUUGAGCAAUGCAGAUAAGGUUGCAAUGGAAGGUAUGAUGCACGCAGAUGAUAGUGAUUGCUCAAGUCGGUUGUUACAACAGGAGUUAUGGAAGACUGUGCUUGAAUUGGAAAAAAUGAAAACCCGUGAAAGUUUGUUAAGGAAGGAGCAGGAAAAGCUAGAGAAGGGGUAUAGCUUAAUUAAUGGUGAUAUACAGGCACUGAAAAACAUUUUGCAAACUGAUUUAUCUGAUAAGAGUGUUUCUGGGAAUAUGUUAGAUUUAUGGAUGGAUUAUCAAUGUGCAAAGUUAUCAGAGACUUGGACAAAAGAAAUCAAAGAAUGUGAUAUGAAGGACAUAUCUAGAUUUGGAGAAUUGUUGGAGAAAGCAGAGAAUUACUCUAAAGAGUGUAACUUCAAUGAACCACCUCAAAUUAUCUUUGAAAAUGAUAGGAUUGAAGGUAGACAUGCCAUUAUUGUUUUCUCGAAGCUGGAUUCUGUUUUGAUAGUGCCUAUCAUUGAAAGAUUCAUUGGCUUCUUUGGGGGGCUUUGGGACGUUGAGCAAGUGGAAUGGGGGAAUGCAGUUUAUGAAGAACUAAGAGACAGUGAACUAAUUGGUGAUGAGCAAAUAUUUGAAUUUCUAGUGAAUGAACGAAUCGUACUUCCAAAGUUGAAACAAUGUAUUGAUGCAUGGGAAAUAGAUGGAUGUUUCCUCGAUGGGGAUGGGAAAGAAACUCAUUUUUUAUACCUAAUUAUCCCUUGGCUAAAGCUGUUAGGAACGAAACUCAGAUGCCAGUUGGUAGACUAUGUUAUCGAGAAGCUUUGUCAAUGGUUACAACACUAUCCGCAUGAAAUUACUACUGAAAAGUUGGCUAUCUGGAAAGUGAAUCUCUGUCUAGAAUUAAGCAGCAAUGGAUCCAAGCAUUUGUUAAAGGUACAACGAAGUAUAAUGUACAACUUGAUAUGUAAAUUACGAAAGAAUUUGAAUGUUGAUAAAACAGAUGCAUGGAGUUGGAUGAAUGAUGAGAACUUCCAUGUGUUGAGCAUGUUUUUCCGAAAAGUUGACGAGUUUGAGCUUUCUAAAUUUGACAAAAGUAUAAAUAAUGAGAUAAUGAUCCCCCUGUGGAUAGGGUACUUACAGUUGUUUGAACAUAAGCAUGAUUCCGAAGAUUUUUUGAGAGAAAUGACAGGUAUCUUUUCCAAUUAUGGGCUCUUAGAUGAUUCGGUUAAAUAUCCAAGCAUUGUAAAGGGAUUAACGGAAUGUUGGGAACAUGCUAACUAUACAAGUGGUCUGGGCUUGCAGUCUAAACGAGUCAUCAGUGACUUUAUGGAUAUAGAUUCAUUGAUAGGAAUGCGAGAGGAGAAUUGUUGGAAAGUUCUCAACCAUGAUGGAGAGCCUAAUACGGAUAAGAAAGAAAGGGUGAUGAGUCGGAAUGAGGUAAAGAGUAUGAAGGAUCUCCUUUUUAUGGAAUGCGAAAAGAGAGGGAUCCCAAUAAUUCCUUUAGACGGUAAGGUGUAUGAAGGUAAACAAGUAUAUCAACUGAAACGAAGUUCCGACAAGCGUCUUUUUUCUGUAGUUUUUGAGCCUAAACUCAUCUUCGAUACCGACAAAAAGGAGUACGUUUCUUUGGACGAUUUGUUUCAGUGA